AUGCUUAUCGCACCUUUUCAGGCAAUCAUCUGCUCGGAUACGUGUUCGCCAGAAACACGAGAACAAAUAGUGGCAGCCCUCGCUGAUUUUGUGAAAACAAAAUCAGAACGAAUUGGUUCAGGGUGGAAAACGCUCUUCGGCACACUGCGAGCUCUCCGCACUUCAGAAGUCGAUAGCGAUAGUGUUCAUUGGACUGUUUUAGACGUAAUAGGAGUUUACCUACGAAUCGAUAAGUAUUCCGUGUUAUCCUGGUCUCUACCCGAUUGCCUCCUGUGUAUAGUACAUUUCCUACAGUCCAACCACGUGAAAGCACCAGCUCCGCCAGAUGGGGAGGUUACGGGAGAUUCAAAACCUGUAGAGGAUCAACUUAGUGAAGCCGCUUUACGACUUGUAACUCCCACAUAUACAGUGAUCCUGAAUCUCUUCAAAACGCCCCAUAUACCGAACCCCAAUCUCCUCCAUAAAGCAGAACUUCGUGCUAUUUGUCUGGAUGAAGUCGAAUGUGUCAACACGACUUCUGCCCCUUUGUCGGAAUGCCUGGAUCCUGCACAUUUUCCAUUAGCGGAAUGCGAUCCCUCUCCCCUUCAACUGGACACUUCAUUGGAAGGGUUACCAACAGCAUGUUUUUGUCUCUCUACUCUCCUUCUUCCACAUGUACAGAAGUGGAUGAGAAGAGCACCAAAUAGCGAUGGGGAAAAAACGGAUAGCAGACGAAGUGAUGCGAAUUUACGACAGGCAGUUGGAAUCUGUACACAGAUGGUUGCCGAUAUUUUCGCCAUGGAUCAGAGUAAGGCAAUUACAUAAAG